CUCUUCCUCUUCUUGUCUGCUUUGGGACAUCAGGAGCGGCUUAACGCCUGUUAAAUGAAGAUCCGAGUAUCAAGAGGCCAUUUUAGAUCACGAUUCUGGAUCUUCCUGAACUAGAAGAAGGCAAGAGGAACUGGGACUCGGAGCAUGUUCACCAAUCGCCUUCUUUGGCCUGUAACCCCCAGCACCUCCCAAGCAAUUCUGUCCUGGACGGCAGAAGAAGUUGUGGUUUGCAAAAGCACCUCCCAAGAUGGCAGAUAUUCAUGCUCCGGCGGCGAAGGGCGAGCUUGACAUCCGAUCCGACCCAGAGAAGAAGGAGAAGGGAGUGUUUUGUAGCAAGUGCCGGUCGCCAAGGAGAAGGAGAUGGACUUGGGAGGAGGAAACACAACACAAACACACCGGCCGAAGGAUCCUGCAAGGGGAAAGAGAGGGUCCCCUGCCCCCUUGGCCCUAUAUCUCUUUGCCAGAGGGUCAUUGUGACCAUUUGCAAGGGUUGCAUCAUGCUGGGCUAAGUCUCCCCUUGGAAGCACAACGCAAGGGACAUAAAAGGACUACAUAUCCCAUCGCAGUGGCCGGAGACCUCCAAAGGUCUGUCAAGUAGCCCAGAGGUGGACAGAGGAGGCCAAAGCGGUCAAGCUUUGGAGACCAUCUUGAGAAGAUCCCUCCUGAUCAAGGAUCCUUGGCGCCGAAGACCCUUGCACAGAUCUCAGGCUUUGCAUCGAUCGAUGUAUUGAAAAGCCGCAAGACUUUCAAUUUGUCAAUGCCAAGGUCAAGCAUUUUCCGAAACCGGGCGGAACUCGCAUCCGUUCCUUAACGCAGGUAACUCUUAAAGCGCUCUUCAAUUUGGGAAUAAAAUUUCGGAAGCCGGUUCCAACUUCUGGAGUCAAAGGUCUUUGCAAAUCCGUUGGGAAACGGUCUCCAAAUAUCUCUCCUUAAAGGAAGAAGAGGCGCCUGGGUCUUAUUUUUCAUGACUCCGACAGAUGAUCAAGAAGAAGGAGAUGUAGAUAUUUUGGGAAUAUGGAGUAUGAUUUUUGCAAACGGUGUUAUUUUGCUGCUGGAAACCAUGAGCAGCCGCUCUCCGGAGAUGGGUUGAUAAAGACAAAACCCAAAGUGGAAGGAGGACUUCCAAAGUAGAUUUCGAACUCGGACCCCCGGCCAGGAUGACAUCCAGGAUCCCAGAGGCCCGCAUGAGAAGCAUCCGUCCGUUCAAGACGGGCGAGCAAUACCUCUUUGCCAUGAAGGAGGACCUGGCGGAGUGGCUGGAGGACCUCUAUGGCCUGGGCAUCUGCGCCGGGUCCUUCCUGGAGGCCCUGGAGACCGGCGUCUGGCUCUGCCAUCAUGCCAACUGCGUUGCCCAAGUGGCAAAGGACUUUGCCCAGCAGUAUCCCAACCUCAGCGCCAGGAUCCGGGUGCCGAAACGCGGAGUGGCCUGCUGCAAUGAUAUGGCACAGCCGGGGACUUUCCAGGCCAGGGACAACGUCUCCAACUUUAUCCAAUGGUGCCGGAAGGAGAUGGAUAUUAAAGAAGUCCUGAUGUUUGAGACGGAGGACCUGGUCCUGCGGAAGAACGAGAAGAACUUUGUCCUCUGCCUCCUGGAAGUGGCCAGGAGAGCCUCCCGCUUCGGCAUGAAGGCCCCCACUUUGGUCCGGAUGGAGGAGGAGAUCGAGGAGGAGAUCCGCCGGGACUUGAACCUGCCGCCGGACGAAACCCCUCUCCCCAAACCCCAGAGGGAGCCCACCCACUUCAGGAACCUGGACCAAAUGGUCCGGCACCUGGUCAGCCGCUGCACUUGCCCAGUCCAGUUCUCCAUGGUCAAAGUGUCCGAAGGGAAAUACCGUGUCGGCGACUCCAGCGCCCUCAUCUUCGUCCGGAUCCUGCGGAAACAUGUCAUGGUCCGAGUUGGUGGAGGAUGGGAUACGCUGGAGCACUAUCUGGAUAAACAUGACCCUUGCCGGUGCACCUCCCUCUCUCACAAGCAGGCCAUGAGGAUGUCCAGUCCCCAGCGGACGCAGGCCGCGCAUGUCCAGCAUGAGAUCAUGGCCCGCUUAACGCCCAGAACUGACCAUCCCCACAAGCCCCAGCCGGCCUUAAUCGUCAGCAGGUCCCAAAGUCCACUGGCCCCAGUGGAGUGGAGGACCUAUGUGCCCCAUGGAGCCGGACGGAAGGCGCCCGCCGUGCCAUCAUCCGACAGCAUUGGCGCUGAUGGCAGCAAGAAGAUGGCGGCCGUGGCCACCUCCCGGGACCAAUCUGAACCCAGGAGGGCGCCUUCCUCCACGAGGCCGAGGGAACGGUCAGCCACUCCGUCAGGACGAUGGACAACUGCUGAGGAAAGGCGGCCCGGUUUGGAGCAGGAGAUCUUCACGCGUGGCCCAAGCAAUACCUUCCAUGGCUCCAUCUCAAAUGGAAACACUGGGGAGGACUUGUCCAGCUCUAAAUGCCCCCUUGGGCCACAAAACAGGCCCAGAGCCGGUAGCCUCCCAACGGUCGCAAGAGAAAAGGACAAGAGUCCAGUGCCACCUGGACAGAGGGCUGGGACAUCUCAAUUGCCAGGGAGCAGCCGGCCAGAGGGAAAUGGUUGUUUGCUGACCUGUCCCUCCAGCCCUGCGAAGCCACUCCAACAGGUCACCAUGGCUCUGUCCGGUCAAGAAAGAGUUGGCUGGAGAAAGGGCUCCGCAGCGCAGCGGUCACCAUCCCCAGUAAAAAACAACACCUGCCAGGCUCACAAAAUGGACGCUGGCAAAGUUGGGUGGACCUCCUGUAGGCCACCAACUCCUAGCAAAAGCCCUCGAUGGCUUUUUAGGGAUGGAGGAGACGCCGCGGCCGGAGACCAAGAGCCGAAGGAAGAGGCUGCUCCUACGAAGGAACCAGGGAAAAUAGGCCCCACGGAAGCUUGCGGAGGGAGGCUCCCUGGUCACUCAGGGGUUGGCGCUGACCGAAUGGAUUCGGGGCGGGAAAGAAAGAGUGGUCAGCCUUGCUUGAGACCAGCUCCAAAGUGUUUUGGGGACACAAAGGAACGGAUGAUGGCGAAGGAGCGCGUCUACACUCCUCUUCCUCUUAACCGGGCCGAGGAACGCGCUCUGUACCAGAGUCUCGAGGAAGAAAUUAUGGCCAACGUCAAGGAGCUAGAGGCCGAUUUUGACGACAAGGACAUUCCGAGGUCAGGAGGAUUUAGGAUGACCAAAGACCCAGUUCUGGGACGCAACAGCCCAAGGUUGUCAAUGUCCACCUCGCCCUUUCCGGAGGGCCACAAACAGGUCUUGGGUUUUGGGGAAGGGGUGCCCCGGAGUGGGGUCUAUGUCCCAGAGAGAGAAACAAGAUGGUGCCCUGGAGGAGCGUGCUAUGAAGACGUGAUCCGAGAGCUCUCCAUGGCGCUCCGGCGCGAAGAGACGGAGGCUGUGAGAUGUUUGCCUCCAUUGGGGAAUGGCACCCAAGUGGACAAGAAAGUUCCGGAAAGCAAAGUCCCGCAAGAGGAGAAGAGGGUCACCCCUGAAAACGUGGAACGCUCAACCACAACGACCCACAAAGUAUGUGAGGAAGUGAAUGGAGACUGCUCCCAGGCGGCCACCAAUUCGUCAGAGAGCUUUGCCUCCCCAGAGGAGGAGGAGGAGGAGGCCAAGUUGCCUCCGGAUAAACCCAAAAGGUCACUGAAGAAGCCGGAGCGCGUGCCGUCCAUUUACAAGCUCAAACUGCGCCCCAAGAUCCGGCCGCGAAGGGACAACCGGCCGGAGAAGAGGCCAUCCAAGAUACCCAGGCCAGUGUCCUACUGCUGUGGCCCCAAAUCGUCUGGCGCCAAAGGCCGGCCAAAGGCCCACAGCCCCAAAGGACCGGGAGUGGGGCAAAACAGUUUGGGGAAAACCAGGGCCAGAGAAGAGGCCUUCCAAGACAAAGUGUCCUACUGCUGUGUCCCUGAGCCAACCGUUGCCUGAAAUAUGUUAUAAAAUGCCUAAACAUGCAUACAUGUGCCUUGCCUUUUUAUUCUUUAUAUGCUCCACUUGACAAAUGGCAAUAGCAAGUACAUUGGAUUUGGUCGAUUGUGUGAUCUCUUUCAGGGCGAGGGACAAAUAGGAUGCGAUCCGGCACAAUGGUUUUUGUGUUUGCAUUGAGCAUAUUGUCUGGAAAGCACCAAGUGUGGGAUAUCAGAUGAGCCCCAGCAAUCUUAAGGGAAGGGAGAAAGACCAGGGGCUUGGGUAGGGAUCACAGCAGUUUAGAGGAUUUGGGCGCCAUCUUAAUAAAAAACAACAACCCGUUGCCCCCGAUUCCAAAAUGCAGAAACAGGAAGCCAAGAGCAAAACUAGUCACUCGCUUUAUUUGGAAUCACCAGAAAAUAAUUCAUCUAUGGAUCAGUACAAGACCGUCUGGGGUCCUCCAAGCGCAACGUCCUUUUAAGAGGUAUGAGACAGGGAGGUCUAGCUUUUGGUUUGCAGACCGCAAGGAGUGGCAACUCAUCGUACGGAAGUAGUUCUUGGUUUAAAAAGAAAACAAUCCCCUCACCUCGCACACAGAAAGCUAGUAUCUCAGUGGAUGAAGCCCCUUAUGAGCUAGUUUUCUAGGUGCAGGGAGUCAUCAUGUGUGUAUGGAGAAACUCUCUCCCUUGGCAUCUAACAUGGCAAAGGAGAGCAUCCUGAAGGAGAAAGAGGUCCUCUCUAUGCCGAUCUUCCUCCUUCGGUUUGGGCUCCAAGGGUGGGCUGCAAAGUUUGCGUAGAGAGGAGCCUAGAAGUUUCGGGGCUUGAGAAAGCUACCUUGU